GGGCACAGGAGGGAGGCUGUGGAGAUCGCAUUGGCAGUGAGUGUGAUGAGGACACGUGUCUCCUCCCUGCCUCUCCCCCAGGGCUCCUCGGUACCGCAUUGGCAUCAGUGAAGGCACCUGAAAAGAGCACACCAAAAGGGAGCUACGUCCUGGGCUUCAUAAAAAAAAACAGAAGAAAAAAGACGACGGAAGAAAAAAACCUGCUUUGAUUCGUGGCUUUGGUGCGUAACGCUUUUGCGCGCGCCGCUCUGUUAACGCACAGCCAAACGUCCAGAGCGCAGCGUCAAGAUCCAGAGACGGAGCAGCAGCACCUGAAGGUGACAUGAACCUGGGCAGAAUUAAGAAUCAAACCGCGAAGAAGUGGAGAUAGCAACUCGGAGCUUCUAAACAUUAUCACUUCAUUUUGUCGUGGCCUCUUAUUUCACUGUCUUGGAGAUAAUUUUAGUAAGGAAAUUAAAAUGGCGACGUUAAUUAGAGGCAAGCUGACGAAUAAACUGUCAAACGCAGCCACAGCUGUGUCUAACAAAUCACAGGCAAAGGUGAGUGGCAUGUUUGCGAGGAUGGGCUUCCAGGCCGCCACAGACGAGGAGGCUCUGGGUUUUGCCGCUUGCGAUGAUUUGGACUACGACCACCGGCAAGGUAUGCAGAUGGACGUCCUGACUUCGGAGGAGAUGAUGGGCGGUGGGGGAGAGGGUGGCGAGGGCAGCGGGGACAUGGUGGAAGGGGACAGUCACUACCAGAGAGACGGCACCGGGCCACCAAAGUCUGCCUCCAAAGACGGAGCUUCACCCAACGAACUAAGCGAAGCCAGACCCAAAAUCACCGCCUGGGAAGCUGGAUGGAACGUCACCAAUGCCAUCCAGGGGAUGUUUGUCCUGGGCCUGCCCUAUGCCAUUCUCCACGGUGGAUACCUCGGACUCUUUCUCAUUAUUUUCGCCGCUGUCGUUUGCUGCUACACGGGGAAAAUCCUCAUCGCCUGUCUGUAUGAGGAAGACGAGGACGGACAAAUGGUCCGCGUCAGAGACUCGUACGUGGACAUUGCUAAUGCCUGCUGUGCGCCCCGCUUUCCCACUCUGGGCGGUCACGUCGUGAAUGUAGCGCAGAUCAUUGAGCUGGUGAUGACAUGCAUCCUGUAUGUUGUAGUGAGCGGGAACCUCAUGUACAACAGCUUCCCAAACAUGCCCAUCUCACAAAAGUCCUGGGCCAUAAUCGCCACCGCUGCGCUGCUGCCGUGCGCCUUCCUCAAAAACCUCAAAGCUGUGUCCAAGUUCAGCUUAUUGUGCACUUUGGCUCACUUCGUCAUCAACAUUCUGGUGAUUGCCUAUUGCCUGUCCAGGGCUAGAGACUGGGCCUGGGACAAGGUCAAGUUUUACAUAGACGUCAAGAAGUUCCCCAUCUCCAUUGGAAUUAUCGUGUUCAGCUACACGUCACAGAUCUUCCUUCCGUCGUUGGAGGGCAACAUGCAAAAGCCUAGCGAGUUCCACUGCAUGAUGAACUGGACCCACAUUGCUGCGUGCAUCCUCAAAGGCCUCUUCGCGCUUGUGGCCUACCUGACCUGGGCUGAUGAAACCAAGGAAGUGAUCACAGACAACUUGCCUCCUGGCAUUCGCGCCGUAGUCAACAUAUUUCUUGUGGCCAAAGCAUUGCUUUCUUAUCCUUUGCCGUUUUUUGCCGCUGUCGAGGUCUUAGAGAAAAGCUUUUUCAAAGAUGGGGGGCGCACGUAUUUCCCAGAUUGCUACGGGGGCGACGGACGACUCAAAUCGUGGGGACUCUCACUCCGCUGUGGCCUUGUGGUGUUCACCUUGCUUAUGGCCAUUUACGUGCCACACUUCGCGCUGCUAAUGGGCCUCACGGGCAGCCUGACAGGCGCGGGCCUUUGCUUUCUGCUUCCCAGCCUCUUCCAUCUCAAGCUUCUCUGGAGAAAGCUCCUAUGGCACCAAGUUUUCUUCGACGUCGCAAUCUUUGUAAUAGGAGGUAUAUGCAGCAUCUCUGGCUUCAUUCACUCAAUGGAGGGGCUCAUAGAGGCCUUUCAAUACAACAUAGAAGAAUAGCUCGUAGAUGUUCAGUGCAAAUCCCCAUUUAGUCAAAGAAAAAAAAACUUCCGGGCGCGGUCUCUUCUGCUUAAUCCAUGCGUAAAAGGCACAUUUUCAUGUAGCCUUGUAUCCGUUCACAAAAAUACACGUGCACCCACUGAAAUGUGUGCGUGCACUGACAUAUGGCAAGUAAGUAUCCAGAGUCCACCUUGUGGACGGUACAUGUUGUACAAAUUGCAUCUUUUGAGUCGAGUUUAUAAUUAAAUAAAACCAGAUCCAUUGUGAUGAUUGGACACGUUUGGUAAUAGGCUAAUGUGAGAGUAGGUUAUUGAUUGGAAAACAUUCACAAAUAGAAGAGAACAAGUCCCUCUAUACUGUAACUUCACAUAUUGCAAUAUUGGAACAAAUGCAAUGAAUGCACGGCAAUAACAGCCUACACAUAAAAUGUGAAAGCAUAGGGACAAAUAAUAGGCUAUAUUUUCUCUACACGUGAGGAAUUGGACCUUCCCCUGAAAGAUUUACAUACACAGCAGCUAUACAAACUAUGCAUUGAAUGUAUGAUACGAAUACACAGAACACCAUUAAACUGGGAAGUAGAAAUUAUACAGCUCCGUUUUAUUGCGUAAAAACGUGGAUAUUUAUUAUUUUGACAUAUUUUCAACUUAACGUCUUAUAGAUCUGUUAUUUUGGCUUUAAGUAAUGUCACUGUCCUAUCUGGUUGCAAGAUCAAACGGAAAGCCCGCACUUUCUGUUCAACAUGGCCUAUUCUGAGGUUCAAAUAGAUUUCCUAUUUCCUAAUUUGGUGUUUGAAAUCAAAAAAGAGGAAAAUGUGCAUACAGACAUUUUUCAUUUUGUGCAAUCCAAUGGGUCCUGUGGAAAUGUUAUAAAUCCGUAUGUGUAGUGUGUUAUUGUGGUUUCAAAAUGAUGGAAUGUAUAUCUCAAAGUCGUUAACAUAUAUCGUGAAAUUAAUAUUAAAGAAUAAAGAAAAGUGACACUAUAUUGUAAAAACGUGUGUGGUUUUAUGUAAAACGAACGGUCAGAACAUGUAUUUUUUUGUUCUCUAUA